AUGAAAGGAUUAGGAGUUUUUCUGAUAGGAAUUUACAUAGCAAUUUAUGGAAUAUAAUUGUUGACAGACCCUUGGACAUAAUUGCAUUACGACAGAUCAGUCAGACAAUCAGGAAUGAAAAACUUUUAAUAAUUUGUGGCAUUGGGUUUGAAAGUUAGAUCAUUAUAUGGGUUUGCUCACAUUUUUGCAGGAUAUUGUCUAAUGAAUAAGAUAUCAUCGAUGAAAUUAAUUAUAAGUUGUAUAUUUGCGAUAGAUAUUAUAAUUCAAACCGGAUUUUAAUCAAUUCACUAAAUUUUUUAAGAUGUAGUUUUAAUUGGAAUAGUCAACUAUGUUUGA